CUGACGCGCUAAUUAAAACUUGCGUAACUUCAAGAACCGAAAGAAAUAAGGCGGCCUUUCUUGAAACUUAUUAUUUGUCCAAUUCAAGUGAAUUUUACUGGGAAAUUUUAUGGUUAGUCUAAAAGUUUUAACUCUGAUGAAAGCCUGGUUAUAUUGCUGCGUCAUUAACACGACGCUUUAGUUUUGCAAAGCUUUGAGUCAAAAGAAUUUGUCGAUAUUAAAGUAACUGAUAUAUGACUGAAUGGGUGCAUUCCUUGACAAACCGAAGGUAGAAAAGCGUACAAACUCUGGUAAAGGCAAUGGAUUACGAUUUGCCACAUCGGCAAUGCAGGGUUGGCGUGUUGAAAUGGAGGAUGCUGAUACUGCGAAAAUAGGAUUGCCAAAAGGCUUUGAUUCUUGGUCUUUCUUCGGUGUUUUUGACGGACAUGCUGGUGCUUAUGUCAGUAAAUACUGCUCUGAGCAUCUUCUUGAUGCGAUCAUGUCAAACGAAACCUUUGUUAAGGCCGCUGAGAAACUACAACAAAACGGCCAACAGAUUUCAGACGAUUCAACGGAUGUUAAAGAGGCCAUUAGAGUUUCCUUCAUAGAUUUGGACAAUAAUAUACGUAACACAAUAAAUGAAGGUGAAAAGAGUGGCUCAACUGCUGUUGUCGUUCUCGUUUCUCCUUCUCAUGUGUAUUUUGGCAAUUGUGGUGAUUCGAGAGCAAUUUAUUGUCGUGAUGCGAAGCAAGCAUUUGCUACGGCUGAUCACAAACCCAUAAAUCCUGAAGAAAAAAGUCGAAUAGAAAAAGCUGGUGGAAGCGUAAUGAUUCAACGUAUUAAUGGCUCACUCGCUGUUUCACGCGCUCUCGGUGAUUAUGAAUAUAAGAUGGAGAAACAGCUCUCAGCCACUGAGCAACUUGUUUCCCCUGAACCAGAAGUUUCGUGCUUUAAACGAGAAAGCGACGACGAAUUCUUACUUUUGGCUUGUGAUGGUGUUUGGGAUGUGAUGAGUAAUGAUGAAGUGAUUGCUUUCGUAAGAGCGAGAAUGGCUGUUUCGGAUGACUUAGUUUUUGUUUGCAAUGAACUCAUGGAUACAUGCUUGGCAAAGGGAAGUAGGGAUAACAUGAGUGUCAUCAUUAUUGCUUUUCCUCAAGCACCUUCGCCAAACCCGGCAGCAAUUGAAAAUGAAAAGAAAUUGAACAAAUCCCUAGAAGAAAGAGUUCGAGACAUUUCAUCAACUUGUAGUUCAGAGGAGCUUGACUUGACCCACAUUAUGCAGACAAUUGCCAAUGAGAAAAUUGAAGGUCUCCCCCCUGGAGGAGGCUUAUCCUCAAAACGUAAUCUAAUUGAAGAAACAUUAAACAAAGUGAAAGUUGAGCGUGGCAUGCAAUGUGAAACAUGAAUUGUUUUAUUUUAAAUUGGCAUUCUUGAUUAUCAUUGAAGAAAUGGCAACAACAUGGUUACUGGUAUAUUGUAAAAAAGAACUAAAUAUCAUUUCUCCAUUUCUAUUGUAUUUUAGUUAUGGUUUAUGAACUACUUACAAUUUUCAGUCACCAUAAACCUUGGUGUCAUUCAA